AUGUUAUCAGAGCAUACAUUGGUAUCAAGUCACGAGAAAAACGCUCCUGGGAGAAAAAUUAUUAAAGCUCGAAUAACAUUCAUGCUAUGUGCUAAUGCAAGUGGAACACACAAGCUGCCUAUGUUCGUUAUAGGGACUGUACAAAAACCGCGUGCGUUUAAAUCAAUUAACCUUUCCGUAUGCUAUCGUGAACAAAAAAAAUGCACUCGUGUUUUAUUCUUGGACUGGUUUCAUCAAGAAUUUGUGCCUGUAGCUCGUAAGCACUUUUUAAGUGUGAAUUUAUCUCCAAAAGCAUUAUUGUUGUUGGAUAAUUGCCUUGGAUAUCCAUCAGCAGAAGAAUUGUGA